AUGGGCGCCACGCCUGACCCUCGAAAUACGGUCAUGUUUGCCGAUCAAGCUAGGGAUAACGGUGUCGACUCCGAGAACAUAACAUACUAUACCAAUACGAACUGCAUAAGGCAAAGGACGUCUUCACAGAUCGAAACCCCCUACUACUAUGCCAAAGUUGAAGGUCCAGAUCCAUCCACCAAUGCUCUAGGUCAAAUCAAUGCGGAUCCAGACCUCACGAAUUGUCAGACUGGUGAUGGAAAAUGUAUCCAACCGUGGGCGCUGCGAAUCGUGUCUUCAGACGAGACCUACAUCGCUGGCGCUGGGAUGUACGCCUGUUUCUACGACGAAUACAGUCAGGCUUGCGUUGACAAGCAGAGUUGUCAGCGCAGUAUGGUCUCCACUUACUUGAGCAGCAAUCUCUGGCUGUAUAACAUGAUCACCAUUGGUGCAACUGAGAUGAUCAGUCCCUAUGGCACGGACUACCUGCCAGCAUUGGCUGCCGAUAACACUCAUCCGACAGGUCAUCCAUACUGGUCCAGGAUCAAUGCUUGGUUACUCAUUGCCAUCUCCAAUGGUUCGCCCUGGCCCUUGAUCGACGACCCAGAGCCUCCAAAUCUGAAGGAUGAUUCCGAAGAUGGCAAUGAUGACAGUGGAAAUGAAGAUCAACCUCAGGAGCCGCGAUCAACAAGCCCGACACGAACAAGAUCCGACAACAGCACCUACCAGUAUCGCUACAAGCGACGACGACGAGGAAGAUAG